GGCUCGGCACCCUAGGUACGGCUGUGGACCGGGCCUGGGCGGGGGCAGGGGCCGUGGCAAGAAGCCGGAAGCAGCCGCGGCCCCAGCUCGGGAGACAUGGCGGGCGUUAAAGCUCUUGUGGCAUUAUCCUUCAGUGGGGCUAUUGGGCUGACUUUUCUUAUGCUGGGAUGUGCCUUAGAGGAUUAUGGUGUUUACUGGCCCUUGUUUGUCCUGAUAUUCCAUGCCAUCUCUCCCAUCCCCUAUUUCAUUGCCAAACGAGCAACAUAUGACUCCGAUGCAACAAGUAGUGCCUGUCGGGAACUGGCUUAUUUUUUCACUACCGGAAUUGUUGUUUCUGCCUUUGGAUUUCCUGUUAUUCUUGCUCGUGUGGCCGUGAUCAAGUGGGGAGCCUGUGGCCUGGUGCUGGCAGGCAAUGCAGUGAUUUUCCUUACAAUUCAAGGUUUUUUCCUUGUAUUUGGAAGAGGAGAUGAUUUUAGCUGGGAGCAGUGGUAGCACGUGCUGUAUUCUGAUAAAAAUGCAUUUAAUUUCUUAGAAUUCAUACUGUAUGUAUAUGUGUGCACAUGUGGCCUUUUACCAUGAAAUUUAAUAUACUGUUUCUUUAUACCUUUGUAAUCAUGUUCACUUUAAGGAGGACUACAUGGGGAAAAGGUUAGUUUUAUUCCCAGCCAGUAGACCUCUCCAUUUACUCAAGUUGCAUAAUGUUAUUUGUUUAGCUUUUCAUAUAGUCAUGGUGCUCUCAGAAAAUAUGUUAACUCGGUCUUGUAGACAGUUGCUCACUCAGUGUGCUGCAUCUCCACCUUUGGCCCGGGGAUGUGCUUGAGUGGGCACAUAGCGCUGGGGCUGUCUCAGCUCUGCCCAGGACUUCCAAGAUAUACCUGUGGCCCAGAGAGACAGAGGCGGCUCCCUCUUUAUGUUGUGGACUCUUGCUUCUCCAAGUGUGGUCCAUAGACCAAGAGCAUCAGCAUCUCGAAGCGUGGUACAUAGGAGCUUAUUACAAAUGCAGCGUCUGGGGCCCCAUCCUCAACCUAAUACAUUUUGAUGAGACCCCAAGUGAAUCGCAGGCACAUUAAAGUCUGAGAAGCGCUGUCAUGAAGGAAGAAGCAUUGCCUUCUCCUUGACUGAACCCCUUAGCCUCUCUGGGCGUUAGCUGCUUGUUAAAACUGUUUCCCCUGCCCCUCGUGUUGAGGCCUACUUCAGACUGUCCUUGGAAUUUGUGAAAUGUCCAAACCUAUACUUUAUAGGCUGUUCCUCACAUUUGUGAAGUGUUCUCAGUAGGGAACAGUUAUGGCUUCACAUUGUCUGAAAGGCAGUGGCUGCCUUCACAGUGCUGGGGGGACAGAUCCCCCACUGGGAGGCAGGGGAGGGAGGCUGGGCUGGAACCGGCCUCUGCUUUAGCAGGAUGGGGAAGAAUGGAUAAGUAAUGCCAUUUAAUUUCCCGUCAUAAUCUGACAUUUCUCCCCAGUUCCUUCCCUGGGCUGCUGCCCACCCACCUUCACCAGCGCCCCCAAACACACACACUCCCAGCAGUUCUGAUUUGCCCUGUCUUCUUCAUGGCUCGGCUUCUCAUUUCUAUAGAGACGUGGAGCCAAGUAAGCAAGCAGAGGGUGAGCUGCUUAAUUUUAUUUACAUGUGAUGUACUUGUCUUUCAUGUCCUAUAGGACUUUUAAAAUAUAUAUAUAUAUAUGUGAAACACUUUAUGCCACUUUUAAAUGAAUCAUUGAGAAUUCAUGUCAUGCUGGGUCCUGUAAUCACAGGUUUUCUAGCUCAACUUUUUGUCCAAGGCCUAUUGAGAAAGGGAAAUAUGGGAACUAGAACCACGUGAUUAGAAUAUAAGGAAUGAUUUUAAAGCAUUGUUAAUGUGUGAUAACAGACAUACAUUCAAAACACUGAAACCUUGAAGUUUGUAACCCCUUCAUAUUCUGGAAUGAUGCUGGGAUCAGGAGAAGACAAGAGUGAUAUCUAAAAGGAUAAUAUGCAAAGUGAUAUUUUAGCCUUGUGCAUGAUUUUAUGUUUUCAAUGUACUAUGUACGUAUAGAACUGUUAAAGUUGUUAUUUCCAAUAUUUAUAUUAGAAAAAUUAUAUAGACACUUUAUAAUUUUAACCAGCAUUUUUAAUAACACUUGCACUUACUGUAUUGUAAUAAAUUUUACUUUAACAGAAAAGAAAA